ACCGCGUAUCCAGACACAUUUAUAAUUUAGUUCCUCUGUUCGAAUCCUGGCUGCAGCGUGUAAAUAUUUAUUCUCAGGUGACAAGUUUUUUGUGACGUAUAUUGGCUACUUGCGGUCAAGGACAAUUCCCAGAUGUGACGAAUUUAUUUAAUCAUCCGAGAGUUAUAGUACUUUCUCACAGCAGCCAAAAAUCCGUCACGGGUGCACGGAUAUUAUUUAUGUAAGUGGCAAGUUAUGGAAACUUAAAGUGCACCCUAUGUAUUUUCAACGUGUUGCCAUCUUGCGGCCAGUAGCUGGACUGCGACGAACGAAAGGGAUAUGUUGUAAGCGUCACGGGCGCAUUGUGUUCGAGUAUUGAUUUUCACCUAAAUUGAUAUCAUAACCACAACGUUUGUGAAUAUGUGGCUAUCAACGAUUCUAUUCUUUAUUGUUUUUGCGGAAACAUCGACUUGGGUGAAAUUCGACUGCAUCGACGAAGAAUUAGAAUACCUGCAACAAAGCUCACGUUAUAGUAAGUUCCUGAAUCAAAUAUUAAUAUUUCAAGGAGUCCAUAAUGCUGUAGUCGGGGACUUGCAAACCCAUUAUGAAAAUCAAACUAUUACGGUCAAUAUAAGCUCGAAUAGGCCACAUAGUUUUUGGAAAGGAAAACCGUACAUUAAUGUAGAAGUGAUGGAUAAUUAUGGCAUAAAAAUAUACGAGAGACUGGUGGAAGGCGUAACAGCUCCGUCAUUCCACGAAGUCCCAAUGCAAGAAGGAUUUCAAAUAAAGAUAUUUCACGAGGAAGCACCUGCGAGACUUCUUUCCCCAGACGGCAUCACCCACCUCGGCGUAAACAGGACUACUCAUAGAUUUCUAGUGACACGAUAUGGGUUAAUGAACUUGGCACUAGGAAAUAAUCCUCUAUAUACGUUCUUGCGAAAGUUGUAUCGAAACUCUGGAGAACUACAGAGUGAUUUUUUUGGAUCCGACAACGCAAAGCAUGUGGUAAUUGGCGUUCGCUCUCUUCCAGAACCGUACCGAACCGAGUUUGUGAUGAAAUACAGUACAAUAUUGUCGGACUGUGCUAUUGUAUUUAUAACGGUCGAUGUAGGAAAAGGCAAUAUUGUAGUGUCGUCGAAACAAGGCUUACAUAAUUUAAUUGGCACCGUGGUGGCCAUUAAAAGUGGCGACGAAGUAGUCUUAGAAGACACAAUACAGCCACAAUCAAAUCUGUUCAACUAUGUUAAUGUGCCGUUCGGAGUUUAUUCAAUGGAGUUUCGCGGACGAGGUGCUGAAGAAUACAUUAUUCAUCCUCAAUAUAUAGAAGUGAAUUCUAGUGUAAAUCCAGUACUAUUUGAUUUCAUAAGAAUUGAUGACAGUUUGCUUUUCAAGGAUGCUCCUUUGGAUAACCAGUUGAUGUAUAUAACCUCGAAUGCUAAUGCAAUUGCAACGAGUGCCUUUAGAUCUAGAGCAUCUCUGUAUGUAUCAAACGAAAAGAAAUUACUUUUGGCUGCUAUUCGCUCUCUUCCAGGUUAUACCAGAGGCCCAUUUCUUAAUAGAUAUGGUGGUUUAUUCAGACGUUUUGGUUCGGAAGGUAGGAUGCGCAAUAUCAUCCGGGUUCCAAGCCGUAAUCCAGGUGAAAGGUGGUGAUUCCCUCUAUAUCCUAAUAAGACAGAUUAAGGUCAUGUAAUUUUUUUUUAUGGUAUUUCUUUCUGCUUUAUUGUGAUAUUUAUAAAGGUUCGAG